CAAGACUUAGCUUGGUUAGGGAAUUAGAAACGACAACUCAGACAGACUUGAAUUAAAUACCAGACAUACUUUGACGAAGACCGGCUUUACAGCACUGGAAAAUCACUUUUAAUUUGAAAAGACCUCUGAUUUGAGAAGAUACCCCUUCGUUUGGACGAGCCACUUACCAGAGAUAAAGGACAUCAGUUGUAAUAAACUCGUUAUUAUUAGUAUUGGUAUUAUUUUUACCACUCUUGAGUGCAAUUUCCAUUGCAGAAGAUGUGUUCCACUAUGUGUUUGAUCUUUUUACUCCUGUGCGUAAUAAACGCGGCACUUUCCAGUCCAUUUGAAUCAGAGGAUAUUGUACCUGUUCGGAUAAAUGGAAGAAUCAGCGGUCGUUUUUGGAAAAGAAGCGAGGAGCAGCCGAGGUUUAUCCUCAGUGCCUUUGGCAAGGACUUAACUCUAAAUCUCAUCCCAGAUACCAGCUUUAUCUCUCCUUCCUUCACCAUACAGCGCAUCAAAGCCAGAGAUGUUGGCGCUUUACGCAGCGCUUCGAGCGGCCAACCUGUCGCGGAUCUCCGGAAUUUUAUGAACCAGACAGAUGAGAGUGAAGGACAGCUUAGGAGCUGCUUUUACUCGGGGAGCGUCGAUAACGACCAAAACUCGGUUGUAUCUGUCAGUUUGUGCUCUGGUAUCUUUGGCUCCUUCAUAACGGAGGGAAAAGAGUAUCUAAUCGAGCCCAAACUUCGUGGCGGCCUGGGGCCAGACUCUGCAGAGCAGCUGCAUGUCAUCAAGAGGAGGACAUUCACCAAAAGCCACCGUGUUCCCCUCCUGUUUGAUCACGCGGCGGCGAAAAAGCACAAUGGGGAAAGUUUUACGCACGGCGACAGUGACGCACAGAGGGAACCUCGCCGGAGACGUUUUGUUUCCGCGCCACGGUUCAUAGAGACCCUGGUGGUAGCAGACUCAACCAUGACCCACUUCUAUGGAGAUGAAAUAAAGCACUAUGUUCUGACCCUGAUGUCAAUGGCCGCCCAGAUUUACAAGCACCCCAGCAUAAAGAACUCAGUAAACAUGGUGUUGGUGAAGAUGUUGGUGGUGGAGGAUGAGGAGGUUGGCCCGGAGGUCUCCAGCAACGGAGGUGUGGCUCUGCGGAACUUCUGCUCCUGGCAACAGCUCUUCAACCCACCAAGCCAGAGGCAUCCAGAGCACUAUGACACUGCUAUGCUAUUCACCAGAGAGGACAUCUGCGGACAGAAGAGCUGUGACACGCUGGGCGUGGCCGAUGUCGGGACGAUGUGCGAUCCCAAGAGAAGCUGCUCAGUUAUCGAGGACAACGGGCUGCAAGCUGCCUUCACAGCUGCACAUGAGCUUGGUCAUGUGUUGAGUAUGCCUCACGAUGACUCCAAGACCUGUGAGAGGCUGUUUGGAGAUCUGGGAGGACACUACCUGAUGGCUCCUCUGUUUGUCAGCCUCAACAAGACUGCGCCUUGGUCUCCCUGCAGCGCUCUCUACAUCACAGAGUUCUUUGACAACGGACAUGGGGACUGUCUGCUGGAUGUCCCAGAGAGUACCAUGCCGUUACCACGAGAGCUGCCAGGCACCAAGUACAGCCUGGACCAGCAGUGCCAGCAGAUUUUUGGAGAGGAGUUCAUCCACUGCCCCAACACCUCAGACAGUGAUCUUUGCAGCCAACUGUGGUGUCAAGAGGACGGGACGCCGCAGUGCUCCACGAAGAACGGCAGCUUGCCCUGGGCUGACGGCACCCCCUGUAGCCUCAACGGAACCUGCCUCCACGGAGUGUGUAUGUCAACCCAGGAAGUGAUGCAGCCACUGGUGGUUGUGGAUGGUGGCUGGAGCUCAUGGGGACCAUGGCAGCAGUGCUCCAGAACAUGUGGAGGUGGGGUGGAGUUCUCCUAUAGGGAGUGCACUGACCCUGUGCCGCAGAAUGGAGGGAAGUACUGUGAGGGACAGAGGGUUCAGUACCAGUCCUGCAACACGCAGCCCUGUGACGACAACGAAGGAAAGAGUUUCAGAGAGGAACAGUGUGAGAAGUACAACAGUCCCACCUACCUGGACUACAACGGGAAUAUGAAACAGUGGAUACCAAAGUACGCUGGUGUGUCCCCCAGAGACAGAUGCAAGCUGUUCUGCAGGGCCAGAGGUAGCAGUGAAUUCAAGGUGUUUGAAUCCAAGGUGAUUGACGGGACAACCUGUGGCCCUGAUACCACAUCGGUGUGCGUCCAAGGCCAGUGUGUGAAGGCAGGCUGCGACCAGGUUAUUGGAUCUAACAAGAGAGUGGAUAAGUGUGGAGUGUGUGGAGGCAGUGGGCUCACCUGUAGAAAGAUCACAGGCUCCUACAACAAAGCAACCUAUGGCUACAGUGACAUUGUCACAAUUCCUAUCGGUGCUACUAACAUUGACAUCAAGCAGCGGAGCCAUAGAGGAAUCAAACACGAUGGGAACUACCUGGCUGUAAAGAGAGAGAGUGGUGGUUACAUCCUCAAUGGUAACUUCUCUGUAUCCACGGUGGAGCAGGACAUUCCUGUGUCGGGUGCCGUGCUCAAGUACAGCGGCUCUUCCACCACGCUGGAGAGGAUCCAGAGUUUCAGGCAGCUGAAAGAGGCCAUCACUAUCCAACUCUUGGCCACAGCGGGGGACGCCAACCCUCCAAAGGUCAAGUAUACCUUUUUCAUCCCUAGAGAUGUGACCUUUAACAAAUCCAAGGAGAAAAAGGGCUCGUUGCCAUCCUUGCAUGUGAUCCAUCCAUUCGGCGUGCCUGAUUGGGUGCUGGGAGAAUGGUCCGAGUGCUCCAAAAGCUGCGGCUCUGGGUGGUCCAGGAGGAACGUUGAAUGCCGAGACAGCGCAGGCUUCCUCUCCAGCCAAUGCGACAAAGACCUGAAGCCCGUGGACAUCAGGCCUUGUGGGGAUCUGCCAUGCCCCAUAUGGCAGAUGGGACCUUGGUCCGCAUGCUCACGAACUUGUGGCCAGGGAGAGCGCCGUCGCACCGUCUUCUGCAUAGACUACACUGGGAAGACUGUAGAGCCAGAGAAGUGCGAUCCGAACAAAGUCCCAGAGCCAGUCUCCGCAGAAUGUCUCGACCAAGAGUGCUUAUGAGGAACAUGAGUACAGUAGAACUUUCCCUUUUUGGUCCGACUGCACUUACCAAACAUGGAUGGAUUACUGAAUGAGCAUACCGGGGGCCUGGGGGCACAAAGGGUCAGGUAUCAAAGACACAAAACGACCACAAAGAGACACAAAACAACUAUAAAGAGACACCAAAUGACCACAAAGAGACACAAAUGACUACAAAGUGACACAAAAUGACAACAAAAGGAAACAAAAUGACU